AUGUACGGCCCAGUUGAAAUCUACAAGAGAUCAGGAAACCAAGCUGUUUCCAUCAAUUCCCCUCCGCCAGAGUCAGAUAUCAACUUGACUGAACAUGGUUCAGAUUGGUUGUGGGCUGCUUUCUCCUUGUUUGCCUUGUUUGCCGUAGUGCAUGGCUUUAUCUAUAGCUUGACCAGUGUACGUCGCAGCGGCUUAAAGAAAUCACUCUUGAUGAUUCCACUCUGGACUAAUGCAGUCAUGGCUUUUGCUUACUAUACAUAUGCUUCAAACUUGGGUUACACUUGGAUCGAGACUGAAUUCAAUCACGUGACUACUGAUCGUGGCCUUGGUGUGCGUCAAAUCUUUUAUGCCAAGUAUAUCGGCUGGUUCUUGUCAUGGCCAUUUGUCUUGACUGUGUUCAGUAUUGUGACACAUACCACAUUGACCGAUGACAGAGAUGACUUGUUGAAAAGAAUUGUUCAGACUUUUUCCUCUAUAUUCACUAGGUUUUUGGCGAUAGAAGUGUUUGUUUUGGGCUUGUUGAUUGGCUCUUUAAUCAAGUCCACCUACAAAUGGGGUUACUUCACAUUUGCUGCAGUCGCCAUGAUCUUUGCCAUGUACUUGGUUGCCACUGACUUGCAUUACAGCUUUAGAGGUCCCUCAACCAAUCUUCCCGGAAAUAUCAUCAUUAUUUUCUUUUUCGUUGUGUGGAUUUUGUACCCAGUUUGUUGGGGCUUAUCUGAAGGUGGUAAUGUGAUUCAGCCAGACUCAGAAGCUGUGUUUUACGGUAUCUUGGACUUGAUCACUUUUGGCUUUGUGCCAAUUAUCUUGACCUGGAUUGCCAUCAACAAUGUUGACGAAGAUUUCUUCACCAAGAUCUGGCACUUCCAUGUCAAGCCUGAUGGAAGUGGCCACGUGGCUGAUCCCGAGAAGGAGAUUGACCAAACACCAAGACACUCGGGAGACACUGCAGUCCCACCAAGUGGAGUGCCAAUUGCCGAGGAAACCGAUGUUGUUGUUGAAGAGCCAGCAACAAGAGUUUAG